AUGAACUUAAUAUUGAUUUACAUAAAUAUAGAGAAAGGGAAAGAUAUAAGUAUUAAAGAUAUGGAUGAAAGUGAUGGGUUGAUAGAACAAAAGAUAGAAAGAGGUGGAGAUGUGAUUAGCAAAAACAUCAAUAACAAUGAAAGCAAAGCAUUCAAAGAAGAUCUGAAGCCUGAUGCACCAAAUUAUAAUAGCAAUGCUAAUCAAGUUGGAUUAGAGAAGAAAAAAGAAAAUGAUAUCGAAAGUAAUAAGUUGAUUGGUGAGGAAGAAAUAACUAGUGAUGAAAAGAAUGAACAUAAGAAAUUUGUCUAUUUUGAUAAGCCAGAUCAGAUGAAUAAUAAGAACUCUGAAAGCAUAUUGGAUAAGUUUGUUGAAAAUAAUUUGAUUGACUUUAGGUGUGUUAAAGUGAAGGAUGAAAUAAUUUGGGAAUUAGAUACUCCCAAUGGUAGAGCUGAAAUCGUUAGAAGUGAAAUGGAAUAUAUCGAAGAAACAUGUGAUAAAUUCUACAAUGAAAAGGAUAAACACAAGAAAUUCAUCUGUUGUCAAGAAAAUAAGAUGAAUAGUAAUGAAGAAGAUUUGGUUGACUUUGGGUGUGUUGCAAAGGAAGCAAUUAAUGUGCUAGGUGCUCUAUCAGUUGUAGUUCUAGAAAGAGAUAAGAUAGUAAAAUGUUUGUUGGAAGUGUUGAGUGAUGAAGAAUCCGAUGAAUUUGAUUGUAGUGUAGAUUUGUCCAAAUGGCAUUGGCAUAUGAACUUUAGAAAUCUUGAUAAUAGAAUUGUUAGAUGGUGCUAG